AUGGGACCACAAGCCCCAACUCAUGGGACCACAAGCCCCAACUCAUGGGACCACAAGCCCCAACUCAUGGGACCACAAGCCCAAACUCAUGGGACCACAAGCCCCAAAUCAUGGGACCACAAGCCCCAACACAUGGGACCACAAACCCCAACUCAUGGGACCACAAACCCCAACAUGGGACCACAAACCCCAACAUGGGACCACAAGCCCCCAACAUGGGACCACAAGCCCCAACGCAUGGGACCACAAGCCCCAACUCAUGGGACCACAAGCCCCAACGCAUGGGACCACAAGCCCCAACUCAUGGGUCCACAAACCCCAACUGAUGGGACCACAAGCCCCAACUCAUGGGACCACAAACCCCAACUCAUGGGACCACAAGCCAUAUCUCAUGGUACUACAAGCCCCAACUUGGGACCACAAACCCCAACAUGGGACCACAAGAUCCAACUUAUAGGACCACAACCCCAAACCAUGGGACCACAAGCCCCAACUUAUGGGACCACAAACCCCCAACAUAGGACCACAAGCCCCAACUCAUGGGACCACAAGCCCCCAACAUUGGACCACAAACCCCAACUCACGCGAGCAGAUGAUGCGCCGUGCCUGCUGAGACCCUCAUUUUCCUUCCAUUGUAAGUGUCAGAUAUCAAAGCUUGACAAGCCUCGCCACGAGUUGGUUCCCCUGGGUGUUAUUUAUGGACACGGAUAG